AUGAUCACCCGGCAUCGUGCAAAAGCAAUGGCCACGAGGCACAAAAUCAGCCAAGAAAAUUGCAAACUGUUGAGAGGUAAGGAGGCACUCAUCGAGUGGAGUCAGCGACAGACAGUUGGUUACAAGAACGUUCGUGUUACUAACAUGACGACUUCUUGGAGAGAUGGCCUCGCUUUCUGCGCCAUAGUACACAGGUUUAAACCGGACUGCAUGUAAGAAAAUUUCAUUCCCUUCUCUUCUGUUUUUUAUUUUUGGCUUCUGAUUAAACGAUAUCUUAAUCCAAGCAUUUCGAUUUAAUUUGUACGUCUGAGAGACCUACUUGUUGCCGUUUUCGAUUCCGAACAGUUUGCUAAGCAUUCAAACUGAUUGUAAUUUCCAACCAAAAAUUUUUCGCGGUAAAAAAGUGUAGGAAAAUUGGUUUGUUUGACGGCUGUCUACUCAGUAAAUUGUUAUUUUGAUUUCAAACGUAAAUUAAACGUCGAAAAGAAGUGCGAUUUUUUCAGUUUAUUUUGAAGAUUAUUCGGUCGGUCACCAGCCAAAAAAUGACUAAGAUUUCUAGUAAACGUUCUCUUUCAUUUCCUUAACAAACUUUUCAUCACAGCAUGUUUACGAGAAGACUACAUGUUUCUUUAAAGUACUGUUCUUGUCAACAGCUGGCAGAUCAUGUAAUAAAUGAAAAAGAUAAUCGUAUGCUGAAACUGUUCGAACACAACAACAGGAAUUUCAUUUGUAUUUCAAGCGAGCAUGUUUGUUUACUACUAUCUGCCUAUAAUGUACCUGGCAACAUACACGACGUGCAACCUCGCUGUGUUAGAUUAGUGAUCUGCAAAAGUUUAUUACCAAGGUCAAUGUUACUAAUUUCACCAGAAGACCCAGUUUUACGGUCAGACAGGCAAAAGAAUGCUUCUUUAAAAGAAACAACACGUCUUAGCAGCCGACUGAAAAGCGUGAAACAAAAGCAAAACUUAGAGGAUUAAUCUUUCCAUUAAAAUACUCUAAUCGAAAAACUAGUUGAAUCAGAAGAAUCUUGCGUUUUUAACGUCUGCCGUUUAAGUCACAACCACGACUGACGUUUUGAAACCUUUGAGUAACAUCUAUAUUUCAGUUUUUCAAAUAUUUAGUUUUGCUUUUUGCAUCAAAAAUUUGCCGCCAGUGAAACCCCCAAAACAAUGAUCGAAGUUCACAAAUUGGCCUCGAAUUUGCAAGGCCGUAAAUUAGCUGUUAAUCAAGUCAUGUUUUAACAAAUGUAGAUCGUUAACUGGUCUUAAAAUCAAACCUGAGUGUAUGUCAUCACGUUUCUACCAAAUCAGUGUUUUUUCCGUCAUUUUAUUUUUUUUUUAAGUUAUGGUAUGUUUUGACUGGCCCCUUUGCUGUUUACAAAACAGUUAUAUGCUUUUUUCGCCCAGUUUAAAGAUGUUAAAUCGUACUUAUCAUGUUGUCUGUUUUGCUUUCAGCGAUUUUGCCAAUCUCUGCAAGAAUGAUAUGUUAAAAAAUAACGAGUUGGUAAGCGGGUUAAUUAACACACCUUUAUCACACCAUGCAAGUUUGAGCAUUCAAUAUAGGGAAUCUAAAACAUUACCAAGACUAUCCCUGUAUAAAUAAACAGGUUCCGCCAGUUCGUCAUACCUUAUCUCAAAUUUUCGUGUUGCAAUCAGGUUGCCUGAAUCGCGAUAUGCAUCUGUAACCAGAAAUAAUCGAGAAGAUAAUUUUUCCAGCAGUAUGUCGCCUUCAUGCCGAAAAUGAUCAUUAUCAGUCGCGAGAAAACCUGCAUUUGUCUGCUUUAUAGUUUCUUCAUAAUACAUACAGCUAUUUCGAGAAAGGUUGUCGGAAAAAGUGCACGCGACAAUCCCGAAAGGUAUUGUGGGUGGUUUUGAGUUCACUCUUCUUCAAAGAAAUUAAAAGAAUGGCAUGAGAGGCCAUGGACGUAUGUUUGCGAGCUGCUAAACGAAAGCAACAAACGUAAGUUCGACAGCUGCAGUGUCAGGAACGGUGUAUUGAUUAUAUCCCAUGUUACCUUUCGGGAUUGUCGCAUGCAGAUUUUUUCCGACAACCUUUCUCGAAAUAGGUGUAUACUGGUUUUAAACCCUUUCGCCCAAGGUCAAAAGCUGAAAAAGAAAAUGAAAAAUAAAUCCAUUCACUCCGGCAAAGACAUUUAGGAGUCGUGAACUUUCGAAAGUCAUUAUCCUAAUGAGGCCUAAGUAUGCAAAAAUUCUGUCUCAAAACUAUGACAUAAUAGAACGGGAAAAUGUCUAUGCGCAUGCGCCAAAGUACUCGCACUUCUAAACAUGUACUCUUCUCCAAAACCCCUUGCCUUUUUACGUCCAGCGGAUCCCAUAAAAAACCCAAAACAGGCCCUUUUACCUUCUUCUUCUGUAAAAGAUAUCAGUUUGUAAAAUAUUCUCUUUUGUUUGUCAAUAGGCAUUCAGAGUGGCAGAGGAACAGCUUGGUAUCCCGGCCUUGCUGGAUGCGAGUGACCUGGUGUCGAUGGAUGUCCCGGAUGAACUAAGCAUCAUGACUUAUGUGUCGUCUUUGUAUUUUCACCUUAGCAAACUUAACAAUUCAGGUAAACAGAUGCAGCUUGAAGUAAAUUGAAUAAUACCUGCGUGUAACGAAAUUAAUGGUUAAUGAACCUGCUGGCAGAAAUUUUACCAUUUUAACCCAGAAAUAUAGCAACAAAAUCAAGCGGAUUCUUAUACGUGAGUUACAGUCAAAUUUUAAUUUUGAUAAACAUUUAACCAAGGAACUUGCAAAUUUAUAUUACAAGAAAAAUAAUACCAUCUUUACUAACUGUAUUUAUUUAUUUCAUUGUCUUUUUAAUUAUAUUACUCUUGAUAAUAGAGAUAACUAUACAAAUACUUUCAGUUAUUAGUUUUGCUAUACUUAACAAUUAUUCCUCGAGCCCGAAUGGGUUCUGAGUCAGUAGCCCAUGAGGCCGAAGGCCAAAUGGGCUAUUGACUCAGAGGCCAUGAGGGCGAGAGGAAUAAUUGUUUUAGUGAAAUUCAACUAGUUGGUCAAAAAUAUCGAAAAUAAAAAACGUUUAGUUACCGGUAGUUAAAGCUAGACUCUAAUCCUUUUUUGCCGCCAAAAAUCCUGCGCUUUUCGCUACUAGUGGGCUAUAACAUAUAGCCUAGUAGUAGCUCAACCAAUCAGAACGCAACAUUGAUAAUAACCACUAGUUGGAUUUUACUAAAUACUGGUACAUUGAUCUUCUGUACAAGUAAUCAACAACAAAAUCUUCUUCAUGAAAUUAAGACCGUCACCAAGGACCCACUUAGCCUAAAUUUCCAACCCCAAAAUUAACCUUUAUUGCCAGACUUCAAAAAAUGUAGGUUCUUACGAGCGGUUUUUAUACUGUACUUAUUACUGGAACACAAGCUGUUUAUUAAUCUGUAUGUUUUUAUUAUAGAAAAUGGCACACAAAUAAACAACAAAAUGGGUAAAUAAUCUCUUUCUGUCUAUGUUCAAAUAUUUUCGAACGAAUUCAUUCAUUUUGAUAACUGUAUAACACUUUUUAAGUUUUUUCUUUUUCUGAACAGGAAAACCCAAGCCGCGAUACAUGUUCGAUAUUCUGGCGGCAGAUGAAGAGUACAAACGGCGUUUUAAAAUCAAACAACGUGAGAUAGUGGAAGAAGAAACAGAAACUGAACACUCUACGUAAAAACAAAGAAAGAAAAUAUAUAAAGAUAAGUACACAUGCAUCUUUAAUGUAUAACCGUUUUGCAAACCUCUUUAUAAAAAAAAAGUGUCUCGCAGUCCGAAACAAAUUAUUUCAGAGUUAAAAUUGUUCGAGUUACGAAAGCCCAAAUGAUAUGCCCCAACGUACCAUCUUUUGUUUUUGUUAAAGUAGCCUUUAUUUCCCCUUCCCCUCACCUUUUUGCACCUGUCUCGCAGGCUAUAACCCUCUGGGUUAGGUUGUUUUUGUUUUUUAUACAUCACUGAGAAAUACUGGACUAUUUCAUUACCCAAUUGCUUCGCUAACAGGGGAUAUAUUUUCCUGUUUACUCUUCUCUGUUUCUUUCUCAGCCCGUUCGUUUUGUGGAAAAAUCUGGAUAACAGGUAAUUAGUUUGUCAGGUAUGCUUAAUUCGGUUCCAUUUCUCACAUACUGGGAUGGCUGGAUCAUUAAUAUCUUGUUCAUGUCGGUCGAAGUCGUUUUCAGAGAAACACCCUUAUCAAAACAAAUAAAUAAGAGUACUUUGAUGACAGGUGCUUAACAGACAGAUCUGAGCUUUCAAGGGUCUAUCUUGCCUCUCCUCCGCAGAAACCUCUUUGUGUUCUAGGGAGGCUGAAAAGAGGGUCUCAAUGGGGUUAACCGAUAGGCGUAAAACGGCCAAAAAUUUAGCCGAUAGCCGUAAAAAUAGAAAAAUUUUAACCGUUAGCCGUAAAUAGGGUAAAAAAGAGUUAACCGUAAAAGAAAGUGUUUCCUAGAUUUGCUACUUUUAAGGAAGAUACUAAACUCACUUAUGGUUCCGUUUUUUAUUUCCCGGCUAGUGUGAUUCUGUACGCACGUUAGGCGAAGCGCCUUAACCAAGACCUAGGUUCCAUUUCCAGCGCUCUCUCGGGGAACAAAUUUUUUCCAUAGCGAAAGUGUGGCUUCUUGCUUGGGAUUAAUAUUUGCAAUUUUCCGGAGGUCGUGCCCUCGAAACACUAAGGAAACAACACGCAGAGAUGUCACUGUUUGUUAAACACGUUGCCGAUAAACAACAUUUCCCUGUUUUUCUCUGACGCUACGGUAGACAUUGCCAUGCCUAGUCCCCGUACGGCGUCUUCCCACGCAAUCUCGGUCAAGGUAUUUCGGUGGCGAACUCGCUCGGACCACGUGACCCGAAACGCAUUAGCCGCACGGAAUAAUGCGGCCUACGGACAAGGCAACGGCAGACAGUCGUUCCGUACAUUCCUUCACUAUCAUUAAAAACACUGGACACGGGAAUAUUGUUAUUGGCCGUUUUCACACUAGAGCUAGAAAUGGAUCAUCCGUCUGAGACUAGCCUAGUGUACAGACUAGACUAGACUAGUGUACAGUCGCGUCCUCCCCACAGACACCCCUUCUCCGAAAUUUUCUGAGUGGAGGGGGCGGCUGUACACAGGCUAUCUGGAACGGAUAAUCCUGGAUAAUCCUGAGAUGAUCCGAAGACCUUUAUUCAAAAAAAUACAGGUUAAUUAAUAUUUAAUUUUUUGAAACAAAAGAAGUUAAUUUUUAACUUUUUCGUUAACCGUAACUGAAAAAAAUUAACCGAUAGCCGUAAAAGAGCCAAAAUUUUAGCCGAUAACCGUAGAGGCCACCACCCCAUUGAGACCCUCUGAAAAGAGAGCAAAAUAUAGCGCACAGGGGACCAUGGGAAGAGGAAAGAAAGGAAGAAAUUCCAGUUACCAACAACUUCAUUUGUUUUCCUUAGGUUGUCGGGGUAACCGGAAAAAAAUGCGUCAAAGGACCGUUUUCGUGUUAACAGUAUGUACUGUAAAAGCUGUAGCUGUACAACAGAG